AUGGGCAACAUGGGCAGCCGAGUAGAGAAACGGGAUUUCUUGCCGACUUCUCCAGGAGGUCUGCGUGGCAUGCGUCAGCCAGACGGGCUGCUCCAGAAAGGAACGUCACAGCAUGGAGUUUUUGGCUACUUCCAUUGUGGCAAGCGGGACACCCGGGCUGAGAAGAAGCACCAGUCAUCUGGAGGUGGCUUUCAAAGGGACUAUGAGAGUGACCAGGAGAACCAGUCCCCCGAGCGGUAUUUCCGGGACCAUCAACAGGCAGCUGAUGUCUCCAAGAGCUCAUUGCCUGAACAUGGAUGCUUCAACAGGUGUCGGAUCAGACCCUCUGCCUUCAAGGUGGUAUCAUGGAAGAGCCUGUUGUGCAUGCCGAGGCGGUCAUCAGCCAAAGGCCAGAAGCUCUCCAAGAGCAACAGGAGCCUGGCCCAGAACAGCACCAGCAGCUCCUCGCAACGCAGCCCUCUCCGCAGUCACCUGCUGCACACCAUCAGCCUGGACGGGAGCACAAAUGAUAUCCAAAGCUUCCCCACCAGCACUCCACGUUUCAAACUUGCUCCAACCCAACUCAGUGCUUCCGUAGGCCACAACAACCACACUGGUGACUCCUUAGACAGGGCUUCCUGGGGGCCACGGGACCCCUUGGCUGUAGACACAACACCUCCGUCUUGCAAGAGCCUGAGCCCCCUGCAGAGCUCUGGGGAACCACAGCCUCCGAAUGAACCCGCAAACUCCUUGGAAGAUGUGAUGAAGCAGCUCGAGGACCGGCUGACUGAGAAGGGCAUGGAGAGAAAUCUGAGUGAGAAUGAUGAUCCCUUCGCUCAGAUAUUUGAGGACAAAUGGUGUUUGUGGAUAGAUGAGCUGGAUGAACUGAAGCAGGAAAUUCAGCUGCAGCUCUACAAAGCUCAGCAGCUAGAGAAACGGCUGCUAGAAGAGCUGGACCUUCAGCAGAGGCAGUGCAAGGAGCCGAGGCUGCAGCACCGACAGGAACAGUUGGGGGACUCUUCCCAAACCUUGCCAGAGCGUGGCUCCCCUGUUCCUCCACGGGACUCUCCCAUGCAAGCAUGCCAGGAUGUUUCGGCUUGUGAAACAGAUGGCUCUAAAAGUAGGGGGAUGCAGGGGGAGAGUGCAGAGGGCGCUGAAUGGCUAAGGGGAGAAUUGCUGCGUGAGAGGCGCCAGGCCCAGCUGCAAGAGGCAGACUUUGAGCAGGAGCGGAAAACUUGGGAAGAGGAGAAGAAAAUAGUCCUGCGCUAUCAGCGGGAGAUGCAGGCCAGGUAUGUGGAGAUGUACUCCCGCAACCAGGCACUGGAGAGGCAGCUAAGUCAGUUCCGGCAGUUACAAGCUGAGCCCAGAUGUAUCAGCUAA